AUGAUACAAAUUCGAAAAGAUUUGGUUUUUUUGGUAAUUAUGAUGCUGCAACGUUGUGCAACAACACUUGUGAGACUGUUUAUUCCAAAAAGAAUCGAAGUCAUGCAAUUAAAGGAAUAUCUGCUGAGCAUGGAGAGCGUCUACAUUGGAAUUGCGAAGCUUGCGCUCAUCAUGAUCAUACUAUACUUUUAUAGAGCUGAACUACGCCUAGAUUGUACUAAUUUUGUCGGAAGUGCACAGGAGAAUACAUUUAUGAUAGUGAUACUGCUGUUUUGGUCUAUUGCGUACCCCGCAUUUCUUACACUUCCUGUAAGAAGUACGUACAUUGCAAUAUCUUACCUAUGUCUUAGGAAAAACAUUUUUUUAUUUUUUGAAAAACUUCUGUUGGACACUUUUCUCGAUGUUUUUCUUUUCGUGUACCUCCUGUUCUAUAAAAUAAGCGAAGGUAAACGAAUCGAUCGUAUUAUCCGAAGAAGGGAUUUGCGAUUGACCUUCUACAUGGUUUUGAUUCUGAUUGGCACCAGUGCUCUGAUGACAUAUGCCCACUAUUACAGAGAAUUUGAUAAUGACACCGCGUACAUGGUUUAUUUUCUCAUGAAUUUCACUCUUUUGCUUGCAUUUGAUACUACGCGCAGCAUCAUGUUUGUAUACUUUCUGUUUGUCCUUGGCAAGACAAUAGCCACGCUAUCAUCACCACCGCUAAACUUUUAGAGCCAUGCAUAUCACAAAAAUGGCGAAAAGGCACCUAACGGCCCAUCAUUUGCAAGAACUGAACAUAACCGGUACUGGCAUAUCGCAUCAAAUAAAAAUGUUGUCACUGUUGUGGAGCAAUGAGCUAUUUAUUGUUAAGUGAAGAAUCAUUGCAUGACGGUUAUUGCACGUGAAAACGAGCUAUGCAUGUGUAAAAAGUUCGAUGUCCGAGUAAUGACGAAACUCUUUCUUUGGCACCACUGCUGAACCACCGAUAGACCGGUAAAAAUAUCUGUAGCUACCCAGUCAUAGCUUGUCACUGCAAUCAGCAUCAAUGGAUUGAUGCCCAGCAUCCAAAAAGUUUAUAACACGUUCGUUCGAUUCCGCUACAGCCUUUGUCGCACGUAAUGUACCACCAAACAUACACCAUGUUGAACUAAUAACCAUAAGUAAUUAAAUCUAACCAUUCUCAG